AUGAAGUUCGUAUCAGCCGCUGCUUUGCUUCUCGUCUCCCCGCUCGUUGCGGCGGCGUCCAUUCCAAGCGUCUUCGACCCGACACAGGCCCCGAUCAGUGCAGCAGACGAAAAUCGAAAGAACCCUGUCAAGGGUGACAAUCCUUUGGAGUUCUGUGAACCUCCUUCUUCGCAUCUGCUCACCAUCGACUCCGUCGACCUUUCGCCCAACCCUCCCAAAGCCGGCGAGACUCUCACCAUCACUGCUUCGGGCGUUUUGCACCAAUCCAUCACCGAUGGCGCGUACGUCAACGUGGAAGUUAAAUGGGGUCUCAUCACCCUGGUCAAGCAAACCAUGAACCUCUGCGAGCAGAUCGAGAAUGUUGACCUGAAGUGUCCUCUCGAGAAGGGUAGAAUGACCAUGACCAAACAGGUGGACUUGCCAAAGCAAAUUCCUCCCGGCCGUUACUCAGUCCUCGCCGAUGCCUAUACUGCCGACCACGAGAAGGUCACAUGUCUCCAGGCCCACGACAUCAAGUUCAACCUGCCCAACUUCUAG